GGAAUUUGUAGAUUUCCUAAGCAGUGUUGAAUCAGCAAUGCCUUAUGUACAAGGUUUACAAGCUCUGAAUGACUGUGUUGAAAAUCAAAGAAUAUUAGCCAAAUUGCCAGACUGGUUGAGUUCACGUUGGAAUAGAGCAGUCACCAAGUUUCAAGACGAAUACAAAGGAUUCCCAGAUUUCAAAUACUUUGUUGAAUUUCUUAACAAGGAAGCUAGAAUCGCAUGCAAUCCUAUCACCUCACUGCAAGCGAUAAAGCCAGCAGAGCAAGAAAGGUUCAAGCAAUCAGAUCAAGAUCAUUAUAAGUUUCAGAGGAAUCGCAACUCAAGUGCAAAGACAUUCACCACUAGUUCCAGUGAAAGGACUAGCCUUAUGUGUGUCUUUUGUAAGAGAUUAGGCCACACUCUCCAUAAGUGUCGCAAAUUUAUGGAAAGACCAAUUGAGGAAAGAUUGAAGUUUGUACAGUCUGAGAAGUUGUGCUUUGGCUGUCUUAAGACUGGUCAUAACUCCAGAAGCUGCACCUCUAGGAGUGUGUGUGAAAAAUGUGAGAAGUGUCACCCAACAAGCCUACACCAGGACCGUGUAAAUAAAUACCCAGGACAAAGCUCUAGAACCAGUCAAGAUCAGUUCAAGGUCAAUCACGGAUCUGCAGAUAGAACAGCCGAAGCACAGAAGGUACAAGAGUCUAAGCCUGUGACUUCAAACAGAGUAGUUCAAGAAAGGAACGGCACUCAUACGUCAUCAAUCAUUCCAGUAUAUGUCUCAACAACAGAUGAACCAAGGAAGGAGAUUUUAGUGUAUGCCUUGCUUGAUACUCAGAGCGACACUACUUUCAUUUUAAAGGACACAGCUGAGACACUUGAUAUCAAGAAAGAGCCUGUCAAACUCAAGAUUUCCACCAUAACAUCCAAAACGAAGGUUGUGUCCAGUCACAAAUUGAAUGGUCUACAAGUAAGAGGCAUUCAGUCUGAAGUUAAAAUCAAACUUCCAACAACUUAUACUAGAGACUACAUACCUGCAAAUAGAUCUCAUAUACCUACAUGUGAAACCGCAAAGAAUUGGCCUCAUCUAGAACAUCUGGCAGAUGAAAUGGCUCCUGCACUUGACUGUGAAGUAGGUUUGUUAAUAGGCUACAACUGCCCUCAAGCCUUACUUCCCAGGGAUGUUCUCAGUGGCAAUGAAGAUCAGCCAUUUGCACAAAGAUCCGUGUUGGGUUGGAGUAUCGUUGGAUACAACCAUGACAACAGUUAUUAUGAAGAUGAAAUCGGUGUGAGUCACAGGAUUAUCAUGAAGCAAGUUCUACCAGCUCGUGAUCCAUCUCACAAACUCAAGUCUGAAGUCUGCUUUGUACAGAGGAACAAGGUUAAAGAGAUGAUCACUCCGGCAGAGAUAUUGAAGGUUUUUGAGUCAGACUUUGUAGAACGGGAUAAUGAGGAAGUCUCAACGUCGCAAGAAGACUUAAGGUUUUUGGCAAAAUUGAAUGAAGGCAUUAAGCAAGUGCAAGAUGGACACUAUGAGAUGCCAUUGCCUUUUAAGGGUGAGAGGCCAGAUUUGCCAAACAACAAAGCGUGUGCAGAGCAUCGACUGAAAUCCCUAGAGAAGCGUUUAAAGAGAGAUGAACAGUACCAAAAGGACUACAUGGCUUUCAUGAAGGACAUAAUAGCAAGAGGCGAUGCUGAAAGGGUCCCAGAGAUGGAGUUAAGUAGUCAACCAGCAUGGUAUAUACCUCACCAUGGAGUAUAUAACCCACAGAAGCCAGGCAAGAUUCGUAUCGUCUUUGAUUGCUCUGCAAGAUUUCAGAAUACUUCUCUGAAUGAGCAUCUACUGACUGGGCCUGACCUCACAAAUACCCUUGUUGGAGUCUUGUGUCGUUUCCGGAAAGGGCAAGUAGCCAUCAUGUGUGAUGUGGAGCGUAUGUUCCACCAGUUCCACGUUGCUCCAAAGGAUCGGGACUACCUCAGGUUCCUAUGGUGGGAAGAUGGAAACAUGGAAGCCUCACCUUCAGUUUUUCGAAUGAAGGUCCAUUUGUUCGGAGCGGCCUCCUCGCCUGGAUGUGCAAACUUCGGCCUCAAAUACCUUGCCGUACAAGGUCAAGGCAAGUUUAAUCAAGCCACAGUGAAGUUCAUACAACGUAAUUUUUAUGUUGACGAUGGCUUAGCGAGUGUGGACACUGAAGCAGAGGCAAUCCAGCUUGUAAAGGAAGCCAGGGGUCUCUGCAAUACCGGAAAGCUUCGCUUGCAUAAAUUCAUCACCAACAGCAAGACGGUGAUUGCCACAAUUCCAAAGGAGGAAUGUACUGAAGGGGCAAUUGACUUUGACUUGACCCUAGGAGAACCUAAAGUAGAGAGGGCGCUCGGCAUCCAAUGGUGCGUGGCUUCAGACAAGUUCCAUUUCAGAGUGUUAGUAAAGGAAAAUCCUUUUACUAGAAGAGGUGUGCUGUCUACAGUUGCUUCCAUUUUUGAUCCUCUUGGAUUCGUUGCUCCCUUCAUUUUAGUUGGGAAAAGGACUCUACAAAAGAUGUGUCAAGACAAGUUAGGCUGGGACGAACUACUUCCUGAUGACCUCAAGCCGCAUUGGGAAGCUUGGUUGCGAGACCUCCAUAACCUGUCUUUGGUGAAGAUACCACGUUGUUAUGUGCCAUCAACAUUCAAGGAUGUUCAACAAUAUGAGCUACACCAUUUCUCAGACGCCAGUGUGUCAGGCUAUGGAGUAUGUUCAUACCUCAGAGCUGUAACCAAGUCUGGAGAAGUCUACUGCACUCUUGUUAUGAGUAAAGCUAGGGUUGCUCCAACAAAGGUAACAACAAUUCCCAGACUGGAGCUCUCAGCUGCAGUGGUUGCCACAAGAACUGGUGAUCUGCUCAAAAGAGAACUAGAAUUGGAUGGCAUUCGUGAAUACUACUGGACCGACUCCAAAGUUGUCCUUGGCUAUAUUAACAACGAUGCACGACGUUUCCAUGUAUUUGUAGCCAACCGAGUUCAGCAGAUCAGAACAAGCACUGAGACUAGUCAAUGGAGAUAUGUGGCUUCAGAACAAAAUCCAGCUGACCAUGCCUCUCGUGGGCUCACCGUAAAGGAACUCAUGGGAUCGAACUGGUUUACUGGUCCAAGUUUCCUAUGGCAAAGAGAACUCCCUAAGGAUGACAUUAAGGUGGGAGAAGUUAAUGAUGGAGACCCGGAACUCAAAAGGGCACAGGUUCUAAUGACCAAGGCAAGGGAAGAGUGGUGUCUGUCAGAUCGCUUGCAAAGGUUUUCAGAUUGGAAGAGGGCAGUGAAAGCCAUAGCAAGGCUCAAACGUUGUGCAAGGAGUGCGAAAGGUUUGGUAGAAAGAUCCAACAAUUCCACAACACUUGAAGAAAGGAAGGAUGCUGAACAAUUCAUAAUUCACAUUGUUCAAGAAGAAGUGUUCAGUGACGAGAUCAAGCAUCUAAGACAAGGCAAGGAAGUUAAUUCAAGUCUUUUCAACAAGCUGUACAAGUUAAGUCCGUUUAUCGAUGACCAUGAUGUCUUACGAGUGGGAGGACGAUUGACACAGGCAGAGCUUCACUCUCAUGUCAAGCAUCCAGCCAUUCUUCCUAAAGGACAUCAUAUAUCUCGUUUACUCAUAAAACACUUCCAUGAAAAGGUGCAACAUCAAGGUCGUGGCAUAACCAUCAAUGAAAUCCGCUCCAAUGGUAUUUGGAUUCUGGGAUGCAGUAGCGAAGUUUCAUCUCUCAUCUACAAAUGCAUUAAGUGUAGGAAGCUGAGGAAAUGCAAUCAGGAGCAAAGGAUGGCUGACCUGCCACCAGAAAGGAUGGAAGCUACCCCUCCGUUCACCUAUAGUGGCAUGGACUGCUUCGGUCCGUUCUAUGUUAAAGAGGGAAGGAAAGAGUUGAAGAGAUACGGACUACUUUUCACCUGCAUGUGUUCGCGAGCUGUUCAUCUUGAGGUGCUGGAUGAUCUUAGUACUGAUGCCUUUCUUAAUGCACUGCGUUGUCUUAUUGCUAUACGUGGCAAUGUAAGUCAGCUUUAUAGUGAUCAAGGUACCAACUUCGUGGGUGCAAAGGGAGAGUUCCUGAAGUUGAUGAAGGGAAUGGAUCAAGAACGUGUGAAAGAGUUAGGCUGUACCUUUAUCAUGAACCCGCCUGCUUCCAGUCACAUGGGUGGUGUCUGGGAGAGACAGAUCCGGACUGUAAGGAGUGUACUAACGUCCAUCCUAGACAAGUCUGCAGCAAGACUGGACAGUUCUUCCUUAAGAACAUUCAUGUAUGAAGUAAUGGCGAUCGUAAAUAGUCGACCAUUGACCUCAGAGCACCUCAAUGAUCCUGUGGGACCAGAACCGUUGACGCCGAAUCAUAUACUAACAAUGAAGUCCACCAUCAUUGCACCACCUCCUGGAGAGUUUGUGAGGGAAGAUCUUUAUCUUCAGAAAAGAUGGAAAAGAGUUCAGUUUCUGGCAAAUGAGUUUUGGACCAGGUGGAGGAAGGAAUAUCUGUUGAAUCUGCAGCAGAGAAGUAAGUGGAAUAAGAGCAGGAGAAACACCAAAAUAAAUGAUAUCGUUCUGCUUCAAGAUGAUUUGGCAUCACGAAAUCAGUGGAAGCUAGCUAAAGUGGUAGAAGUUUUCCCAGGAUCUGAUGGAAUGGUGAGAAGACUUAAACUUCUUGUUAGUGAUGCAACACUAGAUAGCAAGGGUGCACGCACAAAUAAGUCAGUCUACUUAGAAAGACCCAUACACAAAACAGUGUUACUACUUGAAGCUGAUUAAAAGGGUUAAGUUUGAAAGGUGUUUGACUGUGUAUGUUAAACGUGUACAAAUACUUAUCCACUGAAUGUUUAUUAGUUCAUGUUGAGUUACUGAGUAUUUAUAAAGUAAAUUCUUUUAAGAAUCACACAUUGCGUGAUGGUGGGAGUGUGUUUGCUGUUACAAGCUUUCGGAAUCUAUAAUGUUUAUUUCCACUAGAUGGCGCUUGUGUACUUCAACACUCAUUUAUUUAUAACUUUUUGAUCAGUCUAAUCUGUAUAUUUUUAUAUUUCGACUAUUUUAUAAUGCUUAUUGUGAUUUAUAUACUCAACUGUUGUAUAUUUGAGGAAUAUUUAUUCUUUCUAAGAGUUUUCUUUGGUUAUAUUUUAUUUUGCUCCCAUCGUGCCUUUGUAUGUCACUUCCUGUUUUGUCACGGAGAACGAGUCAGAACUGCGAUCCGAGUUUAACAGAGCAAUUCUGCUGAUCAUAUGGAAUGAUGUAAUCAUUGCAAAGUUUAAAGUAUUUCUAUUUAGAAGUCAUCCGAUAAAGAAGCUUCAAGAUAACCCCCUCUCUUAGCUCAUAAGCAGGCAAAAGUGUUCUACGGUGUUGGUGUUGGAGUCUAAGUCCAGAACACAUUAAACAUCAGUUAAAGAACCUCAGCCUUCGCGUCAUGACUAAGGGCG